UUUGGGUAAACUCAUAACUUUUAAUUAAGAAAAAUGUCAUACGAAACUGGACAUAAACCCAAUGCAUUCGUUUCACAUAAAGUUUAAUUGCACAGUAAAUUGAGUGGGUGCAUCUGUGGCCAAAGAAUGUUUCGGGUUUCCAAGACUGGACAAGCGAAAGACCAGACAAUAAGAAAACAUGACAAGGGUAUUUCGAAUUUCGGUUGUGAAAUACUGUACCCAGAGGACAGUGAACAGGUGAGUUAAUCAACUUGAAACCGGUGCCCGUUGACUGUGGCUGAAAAGGUAUGCCGGAAUACGACACCAGGAGCAAUGAUUGGGGACAAUCAAUCACUUAAACUCUACGGUUCCAUCUACACCUGGCCUAGCUGAAGUGGACGCUAAUUUAUGCGAAGCCCCAUAUCCUGUGGCGAUGUGUCUGGCUGUCCGUCAGAAAGUCGUCCGUCUUUGUAUUGUAAACAAAGGACGAAGCACGUGCUGAUAUAGAAAAUGCGCAAGCGCCACAGUUAACAUAGGUCUUACAGUGAGUUAACAGAGAUUCUGAUUCAAAGUCCUUUUUAUACAAGUUGGCCGAGGUAGCUGGAUUCAGUGCGGUGUUAGCGUUCGUGCGGUUGGGUUAACCAGCAAUCCCAAGAAACUGGUCAAUUAAUAUCCAUUAUUCGAAUUGUGGCAACAAGUGUCGUCCGAGGAUGUGCGUAACAAGCUCACUGUGCAGUGUGAUUUUAAUUUACUGUCUCGCUUUGAUCGGUGUGGCGGCUGAGGCUGUGGCCCAGAACUCCGGGAAUAUAUCACAGGAGGUGGCAUUGCCGGUCGAGGAGUGCGGCAGCACGCAGAAAAUGGUGGAUGAGUGCUUUAAGGAUCUGCCGCCGCAUCUAAUGGAAUUCCUGCAAAACACCAAAGUCGUCAUCAGCCAGAAGGAGAUCACCGCCAAGUGCAACAUAUUCAACCGCGGCAUGCGAUGCUUCGAUACUUAUUCAAAGCGUUGCCUGGACGAUCGCAAACUAGGCACGUUUAAGAACAAUGUGGAGGGAGCUCGACGAUUUUUUUACAAAUUCUGCGGCGACUCCGACUUCCAGCGGGACUACCUGCGGCACAAGGACUGCUUUGCGUACAUCCAGCUGGAUUGGGUCUCCUGCACGGCCGAGUUCGAGGGCAUCCUCAUGGAGGAGGUUCACGACGAGAGGCGCAACGCCACCGAAAAAUUCCUUGAAUUUUGCUGUGCCCGCUACGCAUACGAGAACUGCAUCUACAACAGUGCCCGCUACAAGUGCUACAAGAACUCGGCGGAAUUUGCCCGCGAGACGGCCAAAAUGCUGUCGGACGAGAAGCACUUCAGGAACUGUGCCGUCCUCCAGAACAUCUGCGCCCACGACGCCGGCGGAGUGGGAUUGGCCAAAAUGCACUGGAUGGGGUUCCGGCUGACGAUGACGAUGACGCUACUGCUGAUGCUGCUGGUGGUGCGGAUCUGGCCGUAAAUCGAAAUGCGGCCAAUACACAAUCUAGUGGUAGUUGCGAUGUGAUGUGGGGCUGCGGUUGUGGCUGCUGGUCUGAGCUUGAGUUUCGGUUUUUAUUUUUUUGGGUUGUAGUUGUCCCAUCGAGAAUGCCAAGCAUUUCAGCUCCCCUUAGCCACCCAUCGAAACAAAAGAUACAAAAAAUCCUUCCCUACGUGUCUGUGAAUUUUCCGGUGUCGUUUGGGGCGAGAUUGCUGGUCUGGGCGGGUUUACUGGGUCGGAUAGCGGCACUGGUCUUGUGUUUUUGGUAUGUUAAGCUAAAUUAAAUGCAUAUUUCAAAUAAAUGAAUAUUCACGUUGUACCUGGUUCAUGGUUUUACUGGCAAAGGUCAAACUGGACAAUAGAGCUAGAAACCGCAUUUGUUUUUCCUGGUAGUUCUAUUUUUAACGGAGUCCGAACCGCAGCUAAAAGGACAAUAUGAAAGU